GUAGUGGUGAAGGAAGCAGAGGAACGAGAUACAAUGGUGAUGGGUGGAACUUUUAUGAAUCGUGAGGGGCCGUCGUGGUUGCCGGCGUUGGUGAAGUGCGAUGAUUUCUUCUCGCAUUGCAACCACCACACUUCAGGGAAGAAUGAGAGAAACCAGUUUUGCUUCGAUUGCCCGCAGGAAGGACCAUUGUGUCCGGAAGAGCUGACGGUGUCGCACAGGGGGUUGGGACACGCCACCAUUCAAAUCCGGAGGGCGUCGCACAGGGACGUGGUGCGCAUUGCCGACAUCCAGAAGUAUGUCGAUCUGACCAACAUUCAGCCGUAUACCAUCAACAGCGCAAAGAUUGUGUUUUUGCAGUCGAAGCCGCAACCCAAGAUUGUCAAGGGCGCGGCGCAUUACUGCGAGCGGUGCCAGCGCAGCAUUGCAGACCCUGUCCGGUUUUGCUCCAUCUCAUGCAAGUUGGAAGGAAUUCAAUUGGAUCCCCACGACUUUACUCUCACCCUUACGGUCUUCUCAAAGUCGGGCCCGGGAUUCUUUAGCAAGGGAGGCACAGAUAAUGUUGGCGCAGCAUCUCCGGAACACAGCGUGCACAGCCAUGGUUCAGGAGUCACGGAUUUCAGUCCCGAGACUCCCAAGAAGAUCUCGAAGCGCAGUUUGAAGGAGACCCCGUCGCCAUUUUCGAAGAAGGCGAAGUCUGCAUUGUCUGCAGCCCCUGUUUUUGGAUUGUUGGUCCAUCUCCCCCGGGACGACGGGAUGGGAUUGACACUGACAAGCCCCAUGGCCCCUCCCACGCCGACCUACGAGUCGGGUCCCAAGGUCCACCACAGGAAACAAGUGCGUCCUCACAGGGCGCCAAUGUUUUGAGAAGAAAUUGACGCUUGGGUAGUGGGAGGACGAGGCAUACAACUCGCUCUUACCGUAAAUAGUCGAAGCAAGCGAGUUAACUUGGUUUGCACGAAAGAAUGGAGGAGGAGGAGGAGAUUUGUCGACACCUCGAGCUCAGCGGUGGUGGAAAGUAAAAUGUGGCGGUUCUGCAACGAGGCCAGCCUCACAGCCCUUGAGCGCAGCAACGUUGCCUCUCUAGAAGGAAGAGAACAAGGGUAUUACACUCGUGUAUCCAUGAAUGUAGAGCGAAGGGCUGUUGCAAGAUAAUGGGAAGGGACCAAAGCUCGGACGUCGACAGGGACUUAGAGGAAAUGGAGCGGAGCUUGUUGUAUGAUUAACUUAUAAUUAUAGAGAGGUUUUCAAAAGACAGGCAGCAGAAUAACACGCCAAUGGCUGGAGUCCGAACUGUGGCUCUACGUGUGGAAGGAAACUCUCCCAUUGCUGCUUAUUGGAGAUGACCUCAGCAGAAACUAACAGUCUGGUUGAGAACGAGGCUCAUGUGUCAACGGAGAUCUUGCAAUGGCAUUGUCUUACGAGUUGGAUGCAAACGCAGUGAACCCUUGUUCACGGCUUCGUGAAUUAGACGUGGAGGAAGUUUUUCUUUAGCAAGUUAGACCCUGACAUAUGAUAGUGUACAGACUCGAAUCCCGGAAAGUUUCUCGCUAAUUUUCAUACUAUAGUCUGAAAUGCAUUCAAUUUGAAUGCGUACAAUGUAAACUAACAGGGUGGAUGUGUGGCCAGUCGAAGCUAAACUGACGACACUGCCAUGUAACAUAGAAGGAUCGUCAAGUCUUUGUGCAACUUCGUAGUUUGCUUCGUUGCGAUGAUACUCCACUGUAUAGUUAUGAAAGGAAAGAGUGUAAAUUUGAGUAUUUUUUUAACACAAUAAUCUUAAUGGAUUGCUUGAGUGUGA